AUGCACGAAUUCGCGAAAUCUCACACGUUAUCUCAGUGGCAGAAAUCGGCGGCCACAGCAGCAAAAUGUUUUGUUGGAAAUAUACCCGUUGAUGUACAGCUGAUUUCUGUCCACCAACAAGAAAUAGAAGCCAACAAGAAAAUUGUUGCAUCGAUAAUUUUGACUGUGAUGCUUUGUGGUACACAUGACCCACCUUUGAGGGGCAAAGAACACCAUGAAGACGUUUUUGAAGACUUGAUCAAACUCAAAAUUGAUGCUGGUGACCACAUUUUAAAAGAGCACAUAGAAAAAGGCGCAAAAAAUGCCACUUACAUGUCACCGCAGAUUCAAAAUGAAGUAAUCGGCCUAUGUGGCAACAUCAUUAGAGACAACAUCACUACUGAAGUAAAGAAAGCAUGUGCUUACAGUAUCCUGUCAGACGAGAACAGUGACAUAUCAGGGAAAGAUCAACUUUCUAUUGGGGUUAGAUUUUUUGACGAAGAAAAUAUGAUGAUUCGUGAGGAAUUUCUAGGUUUUGUAGAGUUGACUGACAUAGUUGCAAAAUCUGUAGCAUCUACAAUUAACAACUCUGUAGAAAAGGUACUCCUUGAUCCUGAAAAGUACGUCGGACAAGAAUACGAUGGGUGUUCCACUAUGGCAGAAAAUGAUGGUGGUGUCCAGAAAAUUUUUCGAGAAAAGUAG